CCAGGGUGGGAGGUGGCAGCCUCCCCUUGGCUGUAGGCACCUGCCUCCAGGUCUGAGCGCUGUUUUUCAGAGCCAAGUCCGCGUCACGCUCGCUCAGCCCCUGACCUCCCGUGGGUGCCACCAUUCAUUCCCGUGUUUACAGCAGUUCUGGCGUUGGCGUAGCCUGGUUUACCAAGAGCUCUAACCAGCAUGUCACUCUUGUCUCCUGUUUCUGAACAAACCCCUCAGCCGUCCGCUCCUGGCUGACUCGGAAGCACGUCCAGCGGCUGCACGCGGCUGCCACGGUCAUCAAGCGUGCGUGGCGGGAGUGGAGGAUCAGAAUGGCCUUCCUUGCUUCUGAAGAACUGGAUGGUGUGGAAGAAAAACACUCAUCUCAAACUUCCUGCUCCCCGAGCUCCAGCCCACUGCCCCCGGCUCAGACCAGGCUCCAGGGCGCAAUAACCCGGCUCUGGCCCCUGGGACUGGCCCUGGCCAACGCGGCGGUGGGCGUGCAUGGCUUUCAGAGGAAGCUGGUGGUCUUCGCCUGCCUCCAGCUCCCUGUGGGCAGCCCCAGGAGCUGCGCUGUCCAGACGGCCCAAGAACAAGCCGGAGUCCUGUCCAUCCGAGCACUGCCUCAGGGCUCCAUCAGGUUUCACUGCAGAAAGUCCCCGCUGCGCUAUGCUGACACCUGCCCCGGACCCUCGCCCGACAGUGUUACUGGCUUCAAUCAGAUCCUGCUGGAGAGACACAGGCCGGGCCACGUGUGACCUCUUCUGCCCUCCCGGCCUUGCCCGGCCGGGCCACCCCCAUGCCUGUUUCCACAAGGCCUUUUCCUGCCAGCGGCCUCGCCAGGGACACGUAAUCAACACCCGGCUGCCAGGUGACUCCCGCAGCGACUCCGAGCGCACUCGGGGAGCUGUGGCUCCAGCCUGCAGGCGGGCCAGCGGCUGCACCGGUGGCCUGGGGC